AUCAGAAGUCAGAAACUUGUGACUUCCCUGAUUCCAUUUCUCGUGUUUGGGAAGAAAUUCGACCAUUCCUGUGGAGCGUGAACAGUGGGAAGUGAAUCAUGAAUAAUCUUUUGGUUUCAAGUGAGAUGAACAGUAAUAAAGAAAUGUGAGACGUGAGCCUUAUCAUGUUCAACUCAAUCUUAGAGAAGCUCCUGCCUCCCACCCAGUCACAGUGUCAACAGACGUCCUGUAGCACUGCGUCCGAUCUAUCCAGGCAAGAUGGAUCCGACCAAGAAGAAGAUGGAUUCCUGGUCGUUGGUGAGACGAUGAGUGAAAGAAACACUGUACUGCCUGCCCACUAUUCUGCCAACAGACAGCAAGGUCAACCACCAACUUACUCUCAGGUUCAACAAUCUGCCACAAGCUAUCCUAUCCAGACAUCGUCAAGUGGUACCUGGUCAUCGUUCGUCCGUUCAUCGGUACCUUCUACAUCAUCCAACCCUGCAGGAAGAAGUGACGUUGUUUCAGAGAGAGACCAUAGUCCCACCUAUGCCACCCUAAUCACCAAAGACAUCCCAUUCCAGUUAUCAGAGCAGCUACGCUGUGCUCACAAACUCUCAACGGACAUGAGUUACUUUGCCGUGCCGCCCCUCCCGACCUUCAAUCCGACAAAAUAUUUUUAUGACUUUGACGAGGAGAGGAGGAUACUGAGAGAAACGGCUGAUAGCUACGACUGACUUUCUUCCAAUAUGGGUGAUCGACUGAUCGUUGAGGUUUCAAAACCAAAGGCCCCGGCACGCCUUCAGUGGCUGUUUCAAUUGGCCCCAUCCAGUUAGAUAAGGGGUAAGGCCAACGGGCACAUGUUAUGUAACGCCUAAUGUAUAUUAAAUGAUGGAUACGCAUGCAUCCUGUGCACAUGAUCUGACCAAUGCAGUGAUGCAUUAUAUAUCACAGCGACUGAAAUAUAAGUGCAACUCUAACUUAACCCUAAAAUCUUUAUGAAACACCCCCCCUGAAUGAUCUAGCCAAUGUACCGGUAAGUCAAUGUAUAGGCCUAUAUUAAAGUCAUUUUAUUAAACCUAUUUCUUGAUGUGAAGAACUAAGUGUCAACCACAAAAUACGAUUUUUUGAUGUUUUUUUUAAAUCGAGCAUUGAAUUCUAGAUAUCAAGAAAUAGCAUAAAAUGGUGAAAUGGCUUGCUUAACGUAUGUCGGCAUAUACUGGGUGUAUCAUUCAGGUGCAUCAGCUGCUUGCACAGUCUUAGCCAUGGAACAGGCCUGGCCUGGUAUAUGGUGCCUGAAAAACAGUGAGAGGGACUUCCAAUGGACUUAUUCUCACCAAACAUGAACAUGUUGUGGUAAUCAAAAUGGGAACUGAAAUGGUUUUAUGGGAUUGCUCUUCGUGCAAUCUGAUAUGGAUUUAGACACGUACCCAGGCCCUAGUACCCACAUGAAGGUAAAUUGUUAGAAUUAUGACUGUUUGGUACUGCCCCAAUAAAUUAGCAUUAACUGCGGACAUGCUGAAGCUUCUAGCAUUCCAUUCUUCAUGUGUUUGUGCAUGUCAAAAAGUUUCAGCAUGUUCAUAUUUAGUGUUGGAAUUUUAGGGUUUCGAUGAAUCAUAUGUCAAGAUUUCAAAGAGUUGUCCUUAUAUUUACCACAACUCUCAACAUUUUGGGCUAUUUCAUAAAGCUGUCCAUAACGUGAAGCAUGAAUGACCAUGUUAUUGGAUGUUAGAUCAGAUUAUCAAUCAUCUUAAUGCCCCACCGCUUAAGUUGAAAAAUUAAUUUGUAGCUUAGAAUGGAUUUCUUGUUAUUGACAAGCAUUUUAAUGCAAUGUUAUAUCAUCUGUCAGGGUUUUUUUUUUAGACUUAAAGCAAAUUCGAUUCCACUUUGUUAAUCAUUGCGGCCCUGUUUUAUAAAGUUAUGAGCUGGUAUAUUCCAUGGAAUCCUUUAUUUUCCUUGACUGUUGAAGAUUGUUACUAUGGUGGGCAGGGAAUAAUUUUGCUUUACAAUAGCAUUUUUUGGUCAUAAGAGAAAAGCUCUCAACUAAGUAAUGUACAGUCUUAUGUAAAAAUAUGCUAUACAAAAGACUUUAUGCAUAGCAGUCUUUCAAAAAUGUUGAGCAAAUUCCGAUGCGAUAGCAGGAUAAUUAUUCCCUGGGUGGGUAUCAUUAGAUCGCAAAAUAUAAGAGCAACUUUUGUGCAUCAGGGACCCUGGUACAUCUCUAACACAAGAACAUCUCAACGAUCUUUCGUAAAGUCAUUCUCAUGUGUAAGUUAUGGACAGUUUUAAGGAACAUCCCCCCACAAAAAAAAGCUGAUAUAAAAAUAAAACUCCUAAUUAAAGGCAUUGGUAAGAAUUUGAGGCCGUUCUCAUUACGCUUUCUAAAACUUGUUUACUGGAAUCCGAUUCAGGAAACCAGUUUGGAAGAUCGC